AUGUUCUUCUACAUCAAUUUCUCCAAUGGCCGCGCCACCUGGUACUCCGCGCCGCUGGUGCUGUUUCUGCUGAAUCCCUCCCUCCUCUGGCGACUGGCGGAUGUGCCAUUGGCUCUUCUCAGCGCGUGCUUUGGAACCUUACCAUGGCUUGGAGGGAGAGGUGUCCAACAGCAGCAUCCGUUCGACGUUGUUGUCAAUGUGCUGCUCUGUUUGCUGCUUGCAUGGGUAGUAUACAAACUCAUGAAAAUGUGCCAAGACCGAGGUGUAUGGCGAACCCUGCAUGGAUUGUUGCUCACUGGUCUGCGUGGGGAAACUGGCCGACGCACUCAGCAGCCGCAGAAUGGCAGGGGGGCCUUUGAGCGGGUUGCAGAGUGCAUCCAAAAGCUUCCAGUGGCCUCGUUCAAGACACCAGAGGAACUGAAGAAAUUGCCUGUCCGAGAACUGAAGGAACGACUGGCCAGUUUGAAGGUGGAUGCAAGCACGAUGAAGGAAAAAAGCGAGCUUGUUGACGCCCUCGUGUCGGGCUGUGGCUCGACUGACGCCUCUUGCAGCAUUUGUUGUGAGGACUACCAGAGUGGAGAUGCACUGCGGGUGCUUCCCUGUGGCCACAAAUUCCACUUGCAGUGCAUCGACCGCUGGUUUCUGUCGUCGACGGAUUACAGCCGGCCAGUUGCGUGCCCCUAUUGCAACACUCCCUUGUUGAAAGGCACAUAG